UAAUUUCUCGGUUUUGAGCGCUAGAUUUUCUAGUUUUGAGUGCUAGAUGUUUCAAGAUAAUACACACAUGUCGGUUUUACCAUGAAUAUUGAAAACUUAGAAAGGAUGAAACUCAUUUCUCUGUCAAGACCGGCCCGCUCGCUGCCCUGGUAAGCCCGACAACUCCACUCCAUCUCUACCUCACAACGAUAGAAGAUAAAGCAUUAAGACGUAGAAUAUUACAGGUUCUCAUGAUGAAAGAAGAUGGAGAAAAGUCGGUUAAUGACAAACAACCCAUUCCAGAGCCCCCUCCCAACCUAUCAGGGGUUCUAGAACCCAUUCCAGAACCUCCCCUCAACAUAUCAGGGGUUCUAGAACCCAUUCUGGAACCUCCUUUCAACCUACCACGGGUUCUAGAACCAAUUCCGGAACCUUCUUUUAACUUAUCAGAUGUUCUAAAACGCCUUCCUCUGAGCCUGGGCCUCCCCGAACGCUUUGGGUCCGCCAUGGCCCGGAACAUUCUCAGCUUGUUCCACGCCGACCUCCACCAGCACCAGGAGGAGGACCCCUUCCUCUCCUUUGACGACGAUGAAGACCCCCUGGACCAAGAGCAAGCAGGAGGGGAGGAAGAGGACCUGAAGGAGGAAUCUUCUGUGGAAGUCCUGGCUGGACUCAUCGCCUCAGCGACGAUUGCCUCCGCCCUUCGAGAGACGUGUUCUCGUGGGAAACCCAUCCAGGGCUGGAACCCCCCUCCGCCAUCCCAGCUGGAGUGCACCGCUGUGGGGUCGCUGGACUACCCCGAUGCACCCCCGACCUCGCCCGUCGUCCCGGAGCAGGAGCGGGAGGGCCGAGGAGGCAGCUUCUCCAGGAGGCUGAACGACGGAUUGGCUAGAGAGUUCCUGCCGACUGCGUCUCCACCUCCCCCGAAGCCCAAGGACCGACGGAGCGAAGGGGGCCCUUUGGGGAACGUUUUCUGUACCGAUGAUGACCACCGGGUGGCGCUGGUGGAGCACGUGGUGCGCUCACUGUCGAUGGGAGACCCCCACGGCGAGGAGCUCUCGUCGGGCUUCAUGGCGGACCGCUAUGGAGGUGAUGGUGGAGAAGGAGCUCAACGGCAGCAGCAGUGGGAUGGAGCCAAAAUGGCGGCUUACAUGGAGGACCUGACUGAGGAGAUCAUGGAGUGGGUGACCGGUCGGGUUGGUGAGGGGGUGAUGGAUAUCGGUCAGAGAAGAUCCACUGAGGCGAGUGAUGAUGGUGAGGGUCAUCUUCAUUGCAUGGCUGACCGGCUGGCUCACAGCAUCGUCACCUCGUCCCUCCGUAAGGUUACCAUGGCACAAGCAUGCACAGAAGGGACCAUCCAAGUACUUCAACAACAUAUUCCAUAACAUUUAGAAAAAUGUACGUUCUUGCUGUUGUUGUUUUUUUACAGAUGGAUAUCAGUACACCAUCAUGUCCACUAGGCUGCAGCACAAGACUUCGCGUGUCCUAUAAAAAAAUCUUUUAUUAAGCCAAUUAUCAACGCAAUCAGUUAAUGGCUCAGAAUUCACAUACAUUUCGUAACUGUGUUGUCCUUGUUAUUUUUGUUGUUGGAUAAAUAUAUAUGAUAUACACAUACCUCUUCUGGUAUUUGGUAGAAUACACAGCGUACACAUUUGAGAGUCAAGUCAUUAAAAAGCAGGUUGGAUUAUGAGUAUCUUGUUCAAGGCUGCCUACGGUUUGGUCUGUGGACACGGGGGUUUGAACACAAGACAUUUCGUCUGAGAGUAGGAACAACGAACAGCUAUUCCAAAGCCUCUUAUCCUAUCACCAAAAGUAUUUAAUUACGCAACCUGAAUCGUGAAAAUGUGUGACCUCUCAAAGGUCAUGUAAUUGGCCCAAUAGGAAGAGAGCCAAUUAGUAAGUGGACUUUUCCCCCAACAGUAAUUUGUCUGUAUUUGAUUUCGUUGAAGGUAACCAUUUAUUCUGUGAGUUGGUAAGGAAAUAGCUUCCAUCUGAUCUUUGGAUCUUGAGCUGUUGUUGCAACGUGUCACACGUCUUGAAAAUGUAGCUCCACUGAAUGGGAUUGCAAAUAAUAAAAUCAAAUAUGAACAAAUUUAAUUGUUGCCUUACUGUUGGAUUUACAUUUCAUGUGGUUGAAUAUUGACUGAACUAUAUUGUAUAAGUUGUAUCUGACAAGUGGAGGAAGUUAGGAAUUUAAGAAUGCUUUGAACUCUGAGGGGUCCUAGAAUCUUGAAGGAUUCACAUAGACGGCCGCUACUCAUUUCUUUAACAUUGUUAAAUGUGCUUUGUUAUACGCCAAAACACUGGAUGGGAAUGGGAGCAGAUGUCUCGCUGGGUUUUCUCAAAUCCAACAGUUAGGGAAACUGAUUGUUUCAGUGUUCUUCUCAAUCCCCACAUUGAUAGCAUCACACGUUGGCCCACUCACACACACUGAAGAACCAAGUGAAUCUAUAUAGGUAUACAUGUUGGCUAAGAUAUAGAUGCCAACAUGCAUCCGGUUUGUGUG